GCCGUCCAGACAACUCCAGGGCCCCGGGCUCCUCUCGGCUGCUGCCUCCGCCUCCCGCCCGCGGCCCACCGGCUUCUGGAGGUCCGGAGCGCCCCAGCUGUCGCCUGAGGAGUGCACUCCGGGACCUGGGGCAGGACAGCCUGCGGGGGGGCCCAGCCGGCGGCGAUGAAGCCGUCCUGGCUGCAGUGUCGCAAAGUUACCGGCGCCGGGGGACUCGGGGGGUCCCUGCCCGGGUCCUCUCCGGCCCGGGGAGCCGGCCCGGCCCGCAGGGCGUUCGUGGCCCCGGGCCCGCGCGGCGCCCUCGGGGGCCGGGGAUGCAGAGCGCUGUCGUCGGCAGGCGGGGGCGGCGAGUACAAGACCCACUUCGCUGCCUCCGUGUCCGACCCCGAGAGGUUCUGGGGCAAAGCCGCCGAGCAGAUCAGCUGGUACAAGCCCUGGACCAAAACGCUGGAGAACAGAUUCCCGCCUUCCACGAGUUGGUGAGUGACUCCUUCGCCAAGCCAGCUCUCUCACGACUUUUGGGCGACAGGGCUCGACGUGCCUUUCACGGAGGAAACUGGCGUUGUAUUAGGAAAGAAAUUCAAUACUGGAGAUGGGCUCAGAUCUUUCGAUUUGUGUUUAAUUUAAAUUUUAUGGUCAACUCUCCUGCCUUCUCUUGAGGGAUUGGGUUACUCAUUAUGAGGCCGGUUUUCUAUAGCCCAGAGAUUUACCAGUAUGGCAGGGCUCUGCUUGGCACUGGGGAUGUUACAUGGACUAAAACAAGGGUCUGUCUCCAGGGACAGCACUGUCUAGUAUGGGAGACAGCCACGGAAACCAAUGCAAAGAGUGUGAUAAACUAGAGAAGUAUUACCAAGUAUCCACACACUGCAGGGAGGAAGAGAAUUGAGGAAAGACUUCAGUAAAAUCACACCUAAGUAGGGUUUGGAAGGAUGGGUGUUAUCUUCUUAAGGUGGACAAGAAUCUCAUUAUUAAAGACCAGGGAUUGGAAAACAGGCUGAAAUUUGACUGUUACU